AUGCCAGCACCACCAGCAGGCGUUCAUAAGCCUCGCAAGCCUCGUCCUUCCCGCGCACGCGGUCUCCGGACCACAACAGGCUGCCUGACAUGCCGCAAGAGAAGGGUCAAGUGCGACGAGAGCAAGCCUCGUUGCCGGCAAUGCUUCAAGUCCGACAGGGAGUGCUUAUACGACCCCAGCAUCGAUAUCACAGCGCCGCCUACUGCGAGCAAAGAAGCCGCUUCCCAGCAGGCAACUCCUGUGCACGCUCCUACAUCGCAUAGCCUUACCUCUCCCGGGGCCCAGAAUUCAAUCGCAAAGGGUAUUGACCCACAGCUGUUCAUCCACUCCCCUGAGCUACGAUUUGACCUUUCGCCGUUGACGUUUUCGGCCGGUCUACCAUCACCCAACUCCGCCCCCUUCGAAUGGUACGACCUCCUUGCUGAGGACGCCAUCAACAACAUUGAGAAGCACAACUUGGGUUUCGACCAAGUUUGUCUUUCGAGAAGGCAGAGCCCAGCGCCGGAGUCCCACGUAGACCCCACACUUGAGUCACCGGACCAGAACCAUGCAUUGGAGUCGUCUUCUCAGGAGCCUUGGAACUCGCAAGACGUCAUUACUCUGAGUAAUGAUGAGCUUGGGCUCUUCCAGCAUUAUAUCAAUCUGGUCGGGCCCGUCUUGGAUCUCUUCGACCCGUCCGCGCCUUUCUCAAAUGUCGUUCCUCGGCUCGCGGUUCAUAAUGUUGGCCUAUUGAAGUCUUUGCUCGCAGUUGCAGCUCGGCAUAUGGCGCUUCAUUCGGAAUCCCCACCACAACAGGCGAACCGUCUCAAUGCUGACGUUUCACACUCCAGUUCCGGCGCGCACGAUUCUAAUGGGAUAGAGACUCAGCUUUCCCACGUCGCCACACAGUAUUACUACGAGACACUCCACUAUCUAUCGCAAAACCUUCUAUAUCCGUCAUACACGCGAUCAGGCGAGAUAAUUUCAACAGCAAUUUUAAUCAGCACCUACGAGAUGUUCGACGCCCAAGGAAAAUACAGCGAUGGAGGAUGGGAGAGACAUCUGAGAGGCAUCUUCUGGAUUCAGCGGUCCCAAGGCAAUAAUGGCGAAUCGGAAGACUGCUUACGAAAGGCGGUCUGGUGGGCAUGGCUGCGGCAAGAUAUUUGGGUAGCUUUCCGAGAAAGUCGACGAACGCUUACUAUCUGGAGGCCCACGAAGCGGUUGAUGGAUUUAUCUCCGGAUGAGCUGGCCACGCGUAUUGUGUACAUCUCCGCUAGAUGUGUCGACUUCGCCGCGACUGAGAAGCACUACGAUAUGAAUAUCCGAAUCGACCAAGGUGACAAACUACUGCAAGCACUUGACGACUGGUAUCAAAUCCUGCCACCAGCUUUCAAGCCUAUAUACACAUUGUCUACGCCCGAGUCCGGGAUGUUUGUACCAAUAUGGAUCCACCCGCCCUCGUAUGCUGGGGCCAUACAGAUGUUCCACUUCGCACGGAUCGUCGUACUCAUUAAUCAGCCGUCCAUGGGUGGUAUGCAAGCCUUCCGACAGCGGCAGCGCUUGCUAGACGAGAGCGUUGAGACGAUCUGCGGUAUUGCUAUGAUGCAUCAAGAGAGAGACUUGCCGAGCGCAUUCGUGAAUUAUCAGGCUCUGUAUGCAGCGGGACUUUGUGUUCAAACGCCUUCCAAGCAGAGGGCCAUAUUGCAACUUCUCGAGAGGACUCUCCAGAUCACAAGAUUUCCUCCAAAGACACUGCUGGACGACCUCGCAAACUAUUGGAGAGCAGAAUCGUAA